AUGAAGUGCUGUAAUUCUGAUAACACUGCCCGCGACUGUCAAACUGACUUCAAAGAUGUUAGAUUGGUUAACACAGUCGCCGAUCGUUCCAGGGCCCAUGAAGUUUCAUCCAGAGUUGAUAGGCAAUGGGUCGCAGUCACUACCUACCAACCAGUCGACACCAUUACCAAGACUGUUGAAAUUCCAGUGAUUAAAACUGUCGAACGCAUCGUGCACAAGCCAGUCAUCCAGGAACGCGUCAUCCACGUCCCCAGGGAGGUCACCCAGAUCGUUGAAAAGGUCGUCGAGGUCCCCGACGUCAAGUACGUUGAAAAGAUCGUCGAGGUCCCACAGGUUCAGUAUCGUAACAAGCUCGUUCCCAAGGUCGAGGUCGUCGAAAAGGUCGUCGAGAAACCUCAGAUUAUCGAGCAGUGGGUCGAACGCAAGGUCGAAGUUCCACAGAUCAAGGAGGUUGUUCGCUACAAGGAGAUUCAGGGCACCGAGGAGGUGAUAAAAUAUUACCCCAAGGGACACGGCAACAUUGACUGGGACAAGGAGUACGAGAAGGCCAACAUAAACGGAGGCUUGAGCGAGCGUCUCUACGGCCCAGGCGAGGAUACUCCAAACGCUUGCUGCUAA